ACUGACUUCCUUCUUAAUCAGAGUGCAUGGUGAGUGACCGUUGGGUUGUGAAUCUUGUGAUGCAUGAGAGAAUUAGACUCGAGAACGUGGGUUGUUGUUGUUAGGUGGAACUUGUGGUAGCUGUGAAGUCCUCUCCUCUUAGGCAUUUUACCGAACACAACACUGCCAAAGCUAUUGCUUACUUACGUCUUAUUGUUAGUUCUUCAUUCUCCUAAUCAAAUUUCCAACACCUCUGUCGAUGCAAAACAUGUGUGAUUGAUUGUUGUAAUGAUGUCUGAGAACUGUUCUUAGAGAUUGGGACUUGGGAUUUUCAGUUUGGGUUAAGAGAAAGUGAUGGAGUUUCAGUUUCCGGUGGAAUUAGAGGAGGAGUUAGAGCGGGAAGCGCAUCCUCUGGCGUGGGCAAUGAAAAUGGGGGAAGGCAUUGGUCCUCGUGGAUUGGAGAUGCCCAGCCCUGAGUUAGCGCAAUUGAUCGUUUCCCAUCUCUGCUUCCGCCACAACCAUCCUUCCCUGUGGAAGUUUCUCCACCAUGCCAUGUCUUCUGGCCUUCUCUCCCCAAUCCAUGUCCUCUCCCUGCUCACUUCCAGAGUGAUUCCUCAACGACGGUCUCAACCAGAAGCCUAUAGGCUGUAUCUCGAGCUUCUUAGCAGAUACGCGUUAUCAUUUGAUGCAUCUAUGACAGAUAGUUGUAAAGUGAAGAUAAUAGAAUCUCUGGAUGCUGAACUCCAGCUUUCUCAGACUUUUGGGGCUCAAGUGCUGGACCUUGGACACGCAUUUGUUUUGUUCUUUUUCAGCAUUGUCACUAGCUUAAUUGACAGCUCAUUGUAUGAUUGGGGAUUCAGAAUGACAACUGUAGACAAGCCAAGCAGAGCAGUUGCAAGCAUGGAUCACCAGCACAUGGAUGUAGACUCCAGUGGAAAUUAUCAAAUGGAAAGGAAUGAACACCGUCAGCAGAUGAGGCAGAAGAAUUCUUUUAUGGCUAUAGAGGUGUUAGAAAGAUUGACAGAAAGCACAAAAGCUAUUGUUCUACUUAGGCUUGUUUACCUGAACAUGCCUGAAAAAUUUGAUGGUCUCCUACAAAGAUUGCAGUUUCUUGAAGGGAAUAAUUUGGCAUUCUCAAAGAGUAAAUCUGCAAGACAGUUUUUGGCAAGAUUGUCUGGCAACAUCCAGAAAGUUCCAUCUUUGGAAUACCAGUUAAAGAAGCAGCAGCUUAUCAGAAUGCUGGUCAAUCUUGGAUCAAAUAAUCCAGUCUCUCGCUGCAACUUUGGUUCUGGUCCAUCUGGCUGUUGGGUGCCUUUUGAUAUUUACAUGGAGAGUGCAGUGGAUGGGAAGCAACUUCUUAUCAAAUCAGCUAUUGUUAUACUUACAGAAAAAAUUUACACUCUCAAAAUGUUUAACCGGGCAAGUUGGCAAGAAACCUUCCUAGCACUUUGGCUUUCGGCCCUUAGGCUUGUUCAGAGAGAGCGUGAUCCUCUGGAAGGUCCUAUUCCUCAUUUAGAAGCCCGUCUUUGUGUCCUUUUGUCUAUUGUGCCCUUGGCAAUUGCAAAUGUGCUGGAGGAUGAGGCCAAGUUGCAUCCUUCUGUUCAGGAAUCUGGUUAUGGAAAUGGAAUGGACAGAAAAGGCUUUGGUGCAAGGAAACUUGCGCUUAUUUCCUCUCUCCAGCUGCUUGGAAACUUUUCUGGUCUCUUAUGCCCCCCAGCAUCCAUUACUACUGGAGCUAAUAAUGCUGCUGCAAAAGCAGCAUCUUUUAUUUCCAUUUCCAAGAAUGCCAAGGAUGGUUUAGGCAGUGGCUCUCCUACUGGUAAUUUCUUGAAUAAAGGUGGCAACAUGAUGCACCUCAUUGUGGAAGCUUGUAUUGCAAGAAAUUUGAUUGACACAUCAGCAUAUUUUUGGCCUGGUUAUGUGCCUUCUUCAGUAGUCUCUCUGCCUGAUACAUCACCAUCUCAGAGGUCUCCUUGGUCCACAUUUAUGGAAGGAGCUCCUUUGACUGAUUCUCUAAUAGACUUGCUUUUCACAACUCCUGCUUCAAGUUUAGCGGAGAUAGAGAGAUUAUAUCUUAUUGCACUGAAUGGCUCAUUAGAGGAGAGACCAGCAGCUGCAAAGAUUCUAUGUGGGGCAUCCCUUAGUCGUGGGUGGAAUAUUCAGGAACAUGUAGUGAGCUUUGUUGUCAAGCUUCUUUCUCCUCCUGUACCUCCUGGUCAUACUGGACCAAGGAGUCACUUAAUUGAUCAUAUGCGAAUGCUGAGUGCUAUUCUUUUUGGGGCUUCCUCCAUUGAUACUGUCCAUAUUCUUUCUUUGCAUGGUGUGAUCCCUGAAGUUGCAGCUUCUUUAAUGCCACUAUGUGAGACCUUUGGAUCUCUUAUACCUACAUCUAGUAACAAAUCAAGCACAAGCGAUGAGCCAUCAAUUUACAUGGUUUUUUCUUCAGCAUUUCUCUUUCUUCUGCAUGAAAUGGGUAAUAGUAUGAAACAGCUUGAAUUGGCAUCAGAUAAACCCAUAUACAUUGAUUAUUAUCCAAAAUUACGAGCUUGGUAUUGUCAAAACAGAUCAUGUAUAGCUUCAACACUACCUGGCCUGUGUGGUAGAAACCCUGUUCAUCAAGUUGCUGACAAGAUUUUAGGUAUGAUUUACUUGAAAAUAACCAAGCCUGGAGCCUCAUCUGGUAAUUCUUUGACACCAUCAAGUGGCAAUGUUUGUGGGUCCCCAGUGAAGAGUGGAGAAGAUGCUGGCCAAAUGCCUAUGCUCCCUGCAUGGGAGGUAUUAGAAGCCAUUCCCUUUAUUCUUGAGGCCAUUUUAACUGCUUGUGCUCAUGGAAGGCUUUCCUCAAAAGAUCUGACAACAGGCCUGAGGGACCUUGUGGAUUUCUUGCCUGCUUCUCUUGCAGCCAUUAUCAGUUACCUCUCUGCAGAAGUCACUCGUGGUAUUUGGAAACCAGUUCCAAUGAAUGGGAUUGAUUGGCCUAGUCCAGCAGCCACACUUCCAUCUGUUGAGUCUGAAAUAAAGGAAAUACUCGCCUCUGUUGGUGUUCAUGUUCCAAUCUGUUCCUCUGGGUCUUCUCCUCUAAUGCUUCCACUGCCAGUUGCAGCUUUUGUCAGUCUAACACUUACUUUCCAACUCACCAAGAGCCUGGAGUAUAUUCAUGCUGUUAUUGGUCCAGCACUGGAGAAUUGUGCAUCAGGUUAUGCUUGGCCUACCAUAAUCAGCUCUCUUUGGGCUCAGAAGGUUCGACGCUGGCACCACUUCAUCGUUGCAUCAUGUUCGCGGUCAGUGUUCCGGCAAAGUAAAGAAGCUGUUGCCCAGAUAUUGAGAAGCUGCUUCACCUCAUUCCUUGGAUCUCUUCAUAAUUCGAACUCUUUGUCAACCAAGCAAAACAAUAUCAAUGGUUUACUGGGGAGCCAGGUUUUAACUCCUGGUGUUUGUCCAUCCUUAGCACCAGGAUUCUUCUACCUUCGCUCCUAUAGGAUGAUGCCAGAUAUCCAGCGUGUGAAUGAUGUGAUUAUAGGGCUGGUAUCGGAGUAUGUGCAGGAAUCAGCUGCAAGAUGGACAAGCUCAGAUUCCCCUCUCCUAAAGUCUGGUCAAGCAUCACUGUCCUUUGCCGCUGUCAGGGCAAAGGAGGUGGCCACACUGGGUGCUAGUCUUUUAUGUGCGUCAGGUGGGUUUCAGCUGGUCCAAGAACUGUACUGUGAGACUGUACCUACCUGGUUUCUCUCUUCUAAGGAAGAGAAACCUGGCAGGGUAAGUGCUGUGGCACGUAUACUUGAAGGGUAUGCAAUGUCAUAUAUGUUAAUGCUUUCUGGGUCAUUUGUAUGGGGUGUUGAGGAGAAAGCAAGAUCAUGUUCAUUCUCUAGACGUGGCCGGAUUAUUGGGAUUCAUAUGGACUUUUUGGCAAGGGUUUUGAGAGGGAACAUUUCACUCUGCUGUGACCCUGCUACAUGGAAGGCAUAUAUCUCUUGUUUAGUAGGUUUAAUAGUGAGCUGUGCUCCAGCAUGGAUUCGACAAGUGAAACCAGAGACAUUAAGGACAUUGGCUGGCGGAUUGAAAGGAUGGCAUGAAUGUGAGUUGGCUCUCUCACUCCUUGAAAGAGGCGGGGUUUCUACAAUAGGAUCUGUAGCCGAGCUGAUUAAUAUGUUUAACUGAGUUGACUAUGAACCCCAUCUUUCUUCUUUUGAUUAUAAGGGGUGGAAUGCUAACUGCAACUUUCAGGGUAUGGAUUUCUCCUUGGUAAAUGAGAAAAUCAGCAUGCUGAGGUAUUGUAAGGAUUUGCAGCCCAGAUUAUGGUUUUGAAGUUAGUGGGUACUAGUUGCUAAUUUGGUUAAAAUGUUUGAAAGGGAUAUGGUCCUUGCCUUGAUUUUCCCAAGUCUUAGAUAAGAAGAUGAGCAGCAUUGGACCUCAUAGGCUAGUUGUUAGUUGCACCCACCCAAUACUUUAAUAAUAACCAAGGUUUAAGUCAUGAUAUUGUCAUGCUAAAAUUCCCUACACCCCUACCCCCAAAUUGUACCUGUUUAAAAAUAAAUGAAUAAAUGAGAAGAUGAGCAAGGAUGAGGAAAAGGCCGAAAUAGGAACUAAAUUAUUGCAAGCAAGCAGUGCAUGGUGAGGAGAAAAUGGAAAAUUAUUGCACUUCCAGUUUAGUCUUCCCUUGAAUAAUGUGUCAGGAUUAAU